AUGCCAGCGCCCUGCCCUGCCCACACGCCGCGUCAAACGGCGCACCACCCCCCCUUUCGCCGGCGUUCUCCCCUCCCUUUGUGGUGCGCUGAACCCCUCCUCCCCCCCCCUUCUCCUGCCUCUUUCGCACCACCUCCUCCCUCUCCGCUCAUCACAUCCGCCUCUUACACUCCUUCCCCUCUCUUCUCUCCUCCCUAUCCUUCGUGCUCCUCCUCCCUUCCUCCACCUCCUUCCUCUCCGCCUCUCCUGCAACUAGCUGCUGUCGUUGCCUGUCACUUGGGGAUCGUGCUCCUAUAUCCUCACAUUCCACUCUUUCACCCUCCUCCUCCUCUUACCUCUCUCCCUCCACUUCCCCUCACCUUCUCACCUCUUCCUCCACCUCUCUUCUCUCCCUAUCUGCUACAGCUGGUAUCCGACUGUGUAUUGUCGACAACCUUUCCUCCUCCUCUCAUUUCUCCCCCCACCGGCGCACUAUCAGACUACUCCACUGUUGUCCCUCCUCCUCUUGUUUCUCCCCACAGCGGCGCAGCAGGAGAGUACUCCAUCGUUGUCCCUCCUCCUCUUGUUUCUCCCCUCAGCGGCGCAGCAGCAUACUACAACACCGUUGUCCCUCCUCCUCUUGUUUCUCCCCUCAGCGGCGCACCAGCAGAGUACUCCACCGUUAUCCCUCCUCUUGUUUCUCCCCUCAGCGGCGCAGCAGCAGACUACAACACCGCUGUCCCUCCUCCUCUUGUUUCUCCCCUCAGCGGCGCAGCAGCAGACUACUCCACCGUUGUCCCUCCUCUUUUUUCUCCCCGCAUCCUCUUUCCACCAUUCCGCUGUCCCAUUAGCAUCGCCGCUCUUCUGCCACAUUAA